AUGUGGAAUGGCUGUGUGGCCCUACCUGCACACAGCAGCCAUCCACUGCGCCGCUGUUGUUAAUCGGACCAGUGGAAAUUAAAGAGUAGAAACAUGGCCUGGUCAUCUGGCCCAGUAACAUCGCUGAGAAGACGGGUUUUUCGAGUUUUUGAUGGAAACCACCUGCCAGUCAGUUGUUACAGCUUUGAAUAUUUAAUAUUUCUCCGCCUUGCUGAGGAUUUCAGGUGCAGUACACCAGGGGGGGUUCCUAAACAAAUGCCACCUGACUGAUUAGUCAAACUUCUUUUAGACUUAUUGCAUCUCAAUUUGAACAGUUUUGAUGUUAUUCCCUUCCAACGAUUAAAACAUUUAUGCUUAACUAGAACCAAGUUCUUACGCCUUUCUUAUUUUAUUGGCAUCCGACGGCAUUGACGCCUCUUUGUCUUGGUUUUAUUGAAAGUUUAUAGCUGCUGCGUGAGUGUGUAAAGAAAAAUAAAGCUGGGGAGACAGAGAAAGGGAGAACCAGGGAUGCAGUGUGUUACACGCCAUUGAAAUGCAAAUAUCAUCGUCGAACAAGGAGUGGUUCUGUCUGUAUGAGUGUGUGUAUGGCAUGUGUGUUUGUGUGUGUUCCCUGUAUGUGCAUGCUGCGGGGUAGCAGCGUGAGAGGAGGGGCGCAAAUUGGACAAGUUUUUUGGGGAGAAGAGACUUUAGAAAACAGCCACACACGCACUCACGGUAGCCUCAUAUGACACAGUGCAGACCUACGGAUUUACAAACACCUAUGCCGUAUUUUUUACUUUGUUCCUUUCUCUUUCAACAUUUAAAGCUGAAUAUACACCUUUUAAAUUAUUUUUUUUUUAUCUAAAAGCUUGCGGGAAUUGUGCGACACUUGAACUUUGGAUGCUUUCAGUCCAAGUGCGCAAAAACGUGCCUGGUGCCAUUCAACCGACGGAUGCCCCCCUUUCUGUCUGACUCGCCGUGAAUCAUGUCACGCCGGAAGCAGAAGCGGCCCCAGCAUCUCGUUAACGCGGAUCCCGGGGGCCCAAGGCUGCUAUCUCACGAUGAUCACUUGGGAAUGAAGUCACCAUCCACAUCUCUGGGCUCAGAAGUGACCUCAUCGGGGUCUUCCUCUUCAUCCCCCACCUCUCUCCAAGACUGCCAGCCGCCUCUGGCCCCUCGCCCAUCCCCUGGUGGGCUCCACGCGCCCUCCUUACCCAGCGAGAGCUCGCCUCCUCCCCACUGGCCCAGUCACAUCACUGCCUUCACCACAUCCCUCCCCAACACCCACUCAUCCCUGUCCCCAGACUUCCCUCACCCCUCACUGUCUUCCCAGACUCACUCGCCCCCUCCACUAGGUCAAACCUCAGGUUCCCACAGCAUGUCCCACCAAGGAAAUUCUCACUCCACCAUGACCUCUCCACCGAUGGGCAGCUCAGCUACAACGACUACUUCCUCCUCGUCUUCUUCCUCCACAUCUUCUCAGUGUGUGCCUCCUACCCGAGACAGCUCCAGUCCAGGUCAGCAGCAGUCCUCCAGCUCUCCGGGGUUGCAGGGACAGAUCCAGGUGCCUCCAACCCUGGCAGUUCUUCUAGAGGAGCUGAGGGUUUUACAGCAGAGGCAAAUCCACCAGAUGCAGAUAACAGAAGAGAUCUGCAGGCACGUACUCAGGCUUGGUGGGGCUGUCUUUGAAAAUGACACACAGGCCAGUGAUGCAGACAGCAACCAGAAGUCUACAGGAGCAGCAUCUUCAUCACCAACAUAUCCCUCCACUGCUGCUCCAGUAACCACAGCCUCAUCACUUUUGACUAGCCUUCCAUCUUCCCUCUUCCUCCAGCCAGUCAUCUCCAAACCAGGCACUUCACAUGUUAAUGGCAGCAGAGCUCCAUCUUCGUCUACCUCUUCCUCAUCUGUUUCAUCCACCAUCAGCUCCUCUGUUGCCUCAUUGCACCCACUGUCUUUGUCACUGGGCCUACCACCACGCUACCUCCAUGAGAAAUCAUCUAACACCUCCUCAUUUGGCCACAGCAACAGUGUCAGUUUCCCUACUCCUCCCCUUCCUACCACCAGCCAUUCCCAGGACAUCCAAUCCAGCUCCUCUCUUGCCCCUGCCUCCUUAUCAGGACGCCCUCAGCACGUCUGCCGAUUCUGUGGGAAAGUGUUGAGCAGUGAUUCAUCGCUCCAGAUCCAUCUGAGGUCACAUACAGGUGAAAGGCCCUACCAGUGUCCAGUCUGCUUGAGUCGUUUUACAACAAGAGGGAACCUGAAAGCUCAUUUCCUGAGACACAGAGAGCAGAAUCCAGAGCUCUCCCUCUCCCUGCUGCCCCCAGCACUGUCUGAGCAAACCCAGAGUGGAUCUGUCCCCAGUGCCCUCCAGAGAAGGAGAAAACGACGGGCUUAUGAUGACGAGUCGUUUAAUGGGGUGAAAGGAAGCAUUCCUGGGAUGACGGAAAAUAUGGCUUUAGGAUUCCUGUCUGGUGCAUCCACUCGGCCUUCGCCUUCCUCUCUUCCUCUGCCUCCAUCAGUGGACAUGGCGCUGCUCUCCACAGCCCAUUCACUGCUACAGCUGAACAGAGCCUCAGCUGCAGCUGCUGCCAGUGCAUCUGGCACUGUACUGCCUUCUUCUUCAUCCUCGUCUUCCUCCUCCUCCUUGGGAAGCCAGUACAAAGGAGCAAAGCAGCAGCGUUUUGAUGAAAACACUCCACCUCAGUCCACCCUCCAUACAACCUCCCCAUACUCCCAACUAGCCCACCUCCCCAAGAUUCUUUUUCCUGGAGGUGCCUCCCCUCAUCACCUCACCCUUCUCCGGCCCACAGGCCACCCAUCCAGCUCCCACCUCACUACCCCCCAUCAACUGUCUUUCCCCUUUCCACCUUUCCCCAAACCACCAGCCUCCUCUCCCUCCUCAUCCUCUCCCACCACCUCUGCCCAGACCUCUGACACCUCCAAGUUGCAGCGGCUGGUACAGAAGCUUGAAAAACAACCACAGGGAGGUGCCUCUUCAUCCUCCUCUGCCUCUUCUCCCUCGACCUCCUCCCAAACACCUGCUGAUGCCAAUGGGGAUACACACGGCCACGACCUGACCACCAUCUCUAGUACUUACCGCAGGGAAAUGUUGGCUGCUCUUGGCCUGAGUCCAAGUGUCAAUGCCACAGGACUAGUGACCAGCCAGGGAGUCUCAGGGUCAGGCACAACCACUACCACAACUGCCCCUUCUCUGCCUACCACCCAGGUUGCUAAUCAGUGUGGAGUGUGCCUGCGUAUCCUUAGCUGCCCUAGAGCUCUGCGCUUGCACCAGGCUACGCACCUGGGAGAGCGUCCGUUCCCAUGCAAGAUGUGUGGUCGCUCCUUCUCCACAAAGGGGAGUCUUAGGGCUCACCUGGCCACUCACCGUGCUAGACCGCCAAAUGCACGUGCCCUGAACUCCUGCCCGCUAUGCCCACGCAAGUUCACCAAUGCACUGGUUCUUCAGCACCACAUUCGCUUGCACCUAGGAGGACAAAUACCACCUGAUGAAGAUGUGCCACCUGAAGAUGGUGCAGAGAUGGAAAGUGCGUUCUUUGAUGAUGCUGAGAAUGACUCCAUAAGCUCCCCCUCUCAAACCCAGCAGCUCCUUCCCUUGGCCUUAACAACAGGCUCCAAGUCUCAAAUUGAUGUCUUCAGCUCUGGGUCUAUGAAAAACACAGCUGCUGAUGCCACGUCUGUGAAGACAGAGGAAUCUGAGGGCUCGACACCCAGUGUAAGCCCACCCCUGACCCGAAAUCUCCCCUCAGCGGGAGCCGAGGGACCCCUGAAUCUGGGAGACAACACCCUAGCUGAUAGCCCCAUGAACAGCUCUGUGUACUCUGAGGAAGAGACUCGUGCUGACUUAGGCGGUGCCAGCCCUUUCAAAGCACCCUUAGCUCGUUCUCACUCAGCUGUAGUGAAUGGAGAUUUAGAGGCAGAU